AUGGCACCUCCCAAGACUACGCACAGGCCGAUAAACGCAUACCGAGUCCCUGCCAUGUUGCGAAACCUCUCCUACAAGCUGACAUCAGCACUGUCGUCGUCUGAAGUUCUUACCUUAUCAAAGGAUAGCGACGAGUUCACCAAGGCCAAGAAGACGGAGGAGCUAUUUCCGACCACCGACCCCGCGAUAGAUGGCGAUGACUGCCUGCACGAUUGCGCCAGUUGCAGCGUCAAGUACCCGCGCAAGUUUGAGAUCGAUGAGACAGAAGAGCUUUAUGGACACGUGAAGGGAUGGAGUACACAUCUGAUUGUUGCGACUGGCAAGACAGAUUGGGUGCGCGAUGUUGCAGAUGACAAGGGCAGCAUUAUGGAGGCGGUCGACAGAGGAGAUGCGAAGCCUAGCAACGGGAAACUCAUGUUAUCCGCUUCGAAUAUGCCGGUUCCAGACCACUCUGAUCACAGUUCUAUGGUGCUACUGUUACCGUCAUGGCAGUUCAUAGACAACGUCACGCCCGCGAAUAUACCAGAGCUAAUCACUGGCUUCGUCAAUCCUGGGCCUACGAACAAUACGCCACUGCGCUCACGCAAAACCUCGACCCUAGCUCCAUCAAAAGCCCCGGAAGAGACUUCCUCCGCCAAACCUACCUCCUCUUCCAUACCAUCAUCGAUACCCGCCACCUCACAGCUCAAAGCCCGACCAUGUCCCCACAAAUACCUGAUCCUGAUGUGCAGUCAAAAGACCCGAGACGCACGUUGCGGUCAGUCAGCGCCCCUCCUACGGAAAGAGUUCGAGCGACUGCUACGACCAAUGGGACUCUACCGCGAUUUGCAUGAUGAACGGCCGGGCGGUGUAGGAAUAUACUUUAUCAGCCAUGUUGGGGGUCAUAAAUUCUCGGCAAACGUCAUGGUGUACCGACACUCUUCAGUUGUGUCACGACCUGAAAAGACAAACGGACAUAGCAAUGGGGCAGAGAAGCGGCUUGAGGAGCUGAAACUGGAAGAUGAUAACGGUCAGGAGGUCCUUCUCGAUGCCAAUAAGGAGCAGGAGGCAGAAGGCAAUGGCGAGGCUGCACAGUGUAUAUGGCUGGCGCGAGUGAAGCCCGAGGACUGCGAGAACAUUAUCAAGUACACAGUACUGCAAGGCAAGGUGGUCAAACCUGAAAGGCAACUACGAGGUGGAUUUGAUCGAUGCAAACAGCUGGCGAGUUGGUAA